AUGACUGUGAGCGACGUGACGGAUAAGACAGAGAAGAUGGAUCUGAAGGACACGGUAGACAGCAACUCGGUCCCCAAGGCGGUGAUCAAGAAUGCAGACAUGGACGAGGAACUUCAGCAGGCGGUGAUGGAUAUUGCGCACGAAGCCAUGGCCAAGUUCUCCGUCGAGAAGGACAUCGCCGCGCAUGUCAAGAGAACUAUGGAUGAGAAGCAUGGACCUACGUGGCACGCUGUGGUUGGCAAGAACUACGGUAGCUACGUCACUCACGGUGAGUGUCGCAGAUGCGAGCAUUAGUGAGCGAAAAUGCUAGAGGAUGUAUGCGAGGUUAGGGACUACACGUCUGGGCGCGUGGCGAGACUUUCAGGGAAAGCAGCAUCAGCGCUGGCUUGUGUGGCACGACAUCAUCUUCAGGCGGACUUUGGGCAGCAGUCAGGACCCCGGCACACUGGCAGCUCGUGUUUAUGGCGUGAGGCUGAAUGUCAAGCACGCACUCGUCCCUUCCCUAACACUUUUCACAGAGACUAAGCACUUCAUUUACUUUUGUGAGCAUGCGCAAAGAUCGAAUUCCAUCCUUCAAGAAGCGUCGACUUACUUAUCCCUCUCUUCCCGCUCGUCAUAGAUCUGGGUCAGAUCGCCUUCCUACUCUGGCGCGCCUAG